UCCUCUUUUUGUCUGGUUAGUCUGAGGGUGCUCUGGAUGGUAUUUUGAGACCCGCCAUCAUGAAGAUUUUUAUGACUCCGUUCGUUGCAUUGGUUUUGUUAUGUCCCAGCUGCAGCAGCAAAUGGACCACACACACUGCUUGCAAGGAUGACAAAUUGGAAUUGCUUUACCAGAGUUGCGAUCCACUACAAGACUUUGGCUUCUCUGUAGACCAUUGUAACAAUCCACUAAGCGAAAAUAUCAAUAUUAGAUUUGGAAUUAUUCUAAGAUAUGACAUCAAUGAGCUGUUUCUUGACAUCAAUCUCUUCUCAAUGCAAAAGUCCAUAUUGUCCUUUUCAUAUCCUGUGUGUGAAGUGGAUUUCCCAAAGUUUUCUUUUUGUGGAAGAAGGAAAGGAGAAAAGAUCUACUAUGCUGGAAAGAUCGAUAAUCCUUCCUUUCCAAUUGGCAAGGGAGAAUAUCACAUCUUAUUGAGGCUACACAAUGAAAAUAAUUUCACCAUUACUUGUGCCAACAUCACUGUUAUUAGCUACUGAUCCACCAUUCUUUCCUCAAAUUCAAGAGCAUGACCGUGUGUGGCUGAAUGGAAAGCUCAAAUCCCUGCAAUUAGGCAAGCUAUCCAAGAAACCCCAAUGUCAGCGACAACCAAUUUUUACCAGAAGCCUCAGGUGCUGAUUUAAGCCCCAGGAGCAGAUGUCCCAGAACUCUUGGGUAUAAUUAGUCCCAUGAAAUUAUCUAUCUGUAUCUAAUGAGCCUAACAUUAGUAGUUAAGCACUCCUUGGUCCUCAUUUGCUGUUUCCUAAUUGAUCAUCACAGACCAAAUGCUCAUCCUUUUUGAUUCCUUGGGGAUCUACCCAAGGAGUUUAAACGAAUAAGGAAUCCACUCCACAGUAUUAACCUGUGGUUUAUUUAAAGCAUUUAAGUACUAUAUUGAAUUUGAAAUUUAAUUUCAUCUCCCUAAUGCCUGGUGUUGAAGCAAAGGAACCAGAUCUCAAACUAAACUUGGGGCUUUAUAGAAAUGUCUAUUAUUCUUGCAAAUGAAACCAUGUCAGAGGCCCAGCACCCACAGAAUAUAAAAUAAAUCUGGUAUUAGAGGUAAAUCUGAGAUGACACCAUGGACUAAAUGCUCAUUAGUAGCAUCAUAGUUGUACAGACAUAUUAGACACAAGAUAGGGAAUCAUAUUAGACACAGAUGGAAAGUCACAUUAGAGAUCUAAUCCCAUCCUACUUCUAAUACAUGGAUUCCUACCCCCUCUCCAAACAAGUGGUCGUCUACCCUUUACACAAAUACCCCUCUCAAAACUCAUUCCCUACUUCAUAUACAGCCUGUUCCAAUUCAAGACCAUUCUAAUUAUUAAUUAAAGUUUAUCCUUACACUGAGUUCAAAUGGCUGACCUACUUCCGACUCUUCUGUCAAACUCUUUUUCUCAAGAGAUAAGCAGAGAAGAGAAACCUCUGAGAAUUUGAGUAAAAGAAUCAUAUCCAUGGUUUUCCUCAAAGGUGCAAGUUUUCUAAUCCUUAAAUGUUCACAAGCCCUACCUUAGUCAGGCUUGAAUGCAUUUAUUCAAAUAUGGAAACAUAUUCCUAGACCCAGUGACAAAUGACUAGGUUCCCUUUCUGCAUCUUUCUUAAUGCUGAAGAGUCCUGACAGUUGUUACUCAGUUUUUUGUCAUGUCAUGUGAUGCUAUGACCCAUCCUUGUCCAUGGGGUUUUCUUGGCAAAGAUACUGCAGUAAUUUGCUAUUUCCUUCUCCACUGGAUUAAAGCAAACAGAAGUUAAGUGGCACACAGCUAGUAAGAGUCUGAGGAGUCCUGCACUCUAUCCACUGAACCACCUUCCUGUCUCCUAUGACAGUAGAACCCCUUAUUUUCCUAUAAUCUUAAAGCUGCCGUAGAUUGCUGGAGCCAAGAAAAGAAAUUGCUUCUUUAGUCUCUUACUAAUCUGUCAGCAUAUAUCAAUAUGCCCCUCCAUUUUGAAGUCAUUGACCCCAAUUUCCUAGCCAGCUUGGCUCUACUACUGGGCUGGAACACAGAGGACUUACCUAAGACCUAAAAGGAUAACUUGAGUUUUACUUUCAAGUUAAAUCCACAAAGUUUUACUGAUUUCAACAUGCAUGUCUGAAUUACAUUCGUGGCAGUACCAAUAAACAAGGCUUUAAAACAAAAUCUGAAAUUUAAAAGAAAAGUUAGCUCCUAAUAAUCAUUAUUUGUAAAGAAUAUGUAUAUGUAUAUAUGUAUGUAUGUAUGUAUGUAUCUCCCCUGGGAAGAACCUGGCAUGACUGUAGUUAUCCAUUCCAUAUCACAGGGGUUAGAGAUGUGAUGUCCCCAAUUUGGAAAAUCAACAUGAAAUUUUUGCACUCUUCCCCUUAUACCAGAGAAGAAGUUUGAAUUUUUUUUCUUUUUCUCUUAUGGGGCACUUACAGUAUAAAAUAUAAAAUAUGUUGAUAUUAUAUUAUACUAUACUUAUAUUUUAUGCAUUUCUGAAUUUCUAAACUAUGUUGUCUGUUAGUCUUUAUAUGUCAUUUGUGACUUAUGAAAAAUAUUCCAAAAAAAUUCUCAUUUAAUUUCUUAUGCUGACCCAUAAUAUAUCAAAAUCACAAUGAGGAAAGUUGCAAAGUGGAAUACACUGGCAUCUUCUGUGUAUUCCUGGGCUAUUGAAAAAUAGAAAUACAAUAAAGCCCAUGCCAAGCAUGAUAGUGCAUCUUCCUAUUUCCAGACUCGUGACAAUGACAAAUAGCUCAUAGCACAGGGUAUAAGACUGGGAUCUGGUCCUAAAAUUGUAUAAAUGUUCAAGUGAAAUAACUGUCAUGAGCCAAUAAUCUUGCUGUCCUUGUUCAGCAAGCAUAUGUGCAUGGAAUAGGACUUGGCCAUCCUCUGUGUAUUCAACAUAUCACAUAUGUCGUAUUGGAUACUGCUACAAGUUAUUGCAAAGAGGGGGAAAAAAGGCAACCUCAUUUUUUAUUCCAGUCACCUACUUCCUUCCCAAUGACUUUUCCUUCCCCUUCCAAAACAUAUUGUGGGUAUUUGGUAUUUAUGUGUAUACCUGUGAGUGCAGACAUUAUUAGGAGAGCACAAAUGUGUAGGAUUAUCUUGACUGUAGAAGUAGGAAGCAGACUCACUGGUGGCAGAGUUUGGAAUAUAUUGGGAAGAUAUAGUUAUUAAAAAUAUCCACAAUCAUUGGGCUUCAUUUUCCAACAAAUUCCCUUCUAUUAAGAAAUCAGAAUUCGAGGGUCUAUCCAACUAUCAUAAAUUUCAUCAUUAUAAAAUCACUGCUUUGUAUCUUGAGAGAUUCUUCAGGAAUCCCUCUUAAAAUGUAAAUACUCUUGGAACCUUUAUAUAUUUUGAAUGAUUAUCAAAAAUUAAUAUCUCAAAAGGAAAUAAAGUAGCUAUAGGUAUUACAGGAGGAAAGGAUUGGGAAGGGGGAGAAGGUAGGUGAAGAAGAAUGGAGAAAAAAGGGGAAGUGGAAAAAAUCUAAAUCAAAUGCUGGACAUUUUAUAUUGUUUUCCAGACUCUUUGUGUGUACAUAUGUAACAUCAACCACUAAUAAUUGUACCAGGUAUAUGCUGGAACCAGCUCAAACUGGCUAGUUGUCAAAUUUUCCAUGUGAAAAGUUAUACCCCAGAAAUCAGUAAAAGUUUCAAAUCAGGACUCAAUUUCUUGUUUCACUGAUUUCUAGAAUUAAAGAAGUGAUAGAAUAAAAUCAUCCAAUUUUUUUCAGAUUAAGCUUAAAAAUUGUCAUGGGUACUUUUUGGAGAAGCAGUUGUUAAAUAUUUUAAAAUUUAAAUAAAAAUUUUGUUAAAUAAAUAGUCUUGGUUGUAACAAUAGUGCCCACUGAUUCAGAAAAUAUAUGAGGACAAAAAGCUAUGACAAAAUUUUAGAUCUAGAAGGUACCAUAACCUGUACAUGAAAAAAGAAUCCCUUUACAACUGAUAUAUAAUAAAUAGUCAUUUAACUUUUGCAUAAAGAUUUCAAGUGAAAGGAGACCCACUACUUUCUGUACAUUUUUGGGAUUAAAGAUUGUUCUAAUUAUUACAAAUUUUUACAAACCAUUAAUAAAUAUUUUCUUUACAAGGACCAGAAUUUAAGACAAGGAUGUGUCCAUUAACACAGUACAUUUUUUAAAAUAAAAAAGAGAAGGGGCAGCUAGAUGGCACAGUGGAUAGAGUACUGGCUCUGAAGUCAGGAGAACCUGGGUUCAUAUCUAGAUUCAGAUACUUAAUACUUAUUAACUGUGUGAUUCUGAAUAAGUCAUACAACCCCAAUUGCAAAAGGAAGGAAGAAAGGGAAAAAAAGAGAGAGAACAUUGUCAAAGAUAAGCAUCUUCUCAUAAAAAAGGUUAUUUAUGUUAUAAAAUUAACAUUAAAAAAGGUAAAGAAGUCUCUUACUCCAUAGAUAUGACCGAAUAGUAUCACGGUGUGUUGUCUCCCUGAGACCAAGCAGACCCUGUGGGGGAAUCAUGCAAACUCCUACCUUGUUUUAAUUUUGAGGAACUUACCAGUUUUAUUUUUUUUUGGGGGGGGGGGGACUUACCAUCUUUAAGAUUCUAUGGAAAUAUCAGAAUCUUCCAUUCAGUUGUAAAGUUUUCUGUAUUGGUGUACAGGCAAAGAUCUACAAAGGAUAAUACAUAGAGGUGAAUGUUCAGUCAAUAAAUGUGAUUUCUCUCUUCCCUUCAUAAUAAAAUUAACUGCAUAAUUUUCA